AUGCAGGAAGGGUGCUUGAGUCUGGUUACCGUCUCCCCCACGGAGACCUUCUGGAGGAAGAUGAGCCCUAAAGGCGAUGGGUUGGGGACAGGGGAUGGUCCGCACUCAUGCGUUUUACAGCAUCAGGUCUCCACAGGAGACAGUCUCCAUGAAUGUGACUCCCGGGGACCAAGUAAAGACACUUUGGUUGGUGAAGGGAAGACUUACAAAGGCAAGGAAUGUGGGAAAGUGUUUAACAAGAACGGACUCCUUGUUCGACAUCAGCAGAUUCACACUGGAGUGAAGCCCUAUGAAUGCCAGGAGUGUGGAAAAGCCUUUCGUGAAAAGGUCAACUUCAUUCGACACAUGAGGAUUCACACAGGCGAGAAGCCCUGUAAGUGCACGGAGUGUGGAAAGGUCUUUAACCGCAGGUCGCACCUCCUGUGCCACCACCGGAUUCACACUGGAGAGAAGCCCUAUGAGUGCAGUGAAUGUGGAAAGACCUUCAACUGUCACUCUGUCUUCAUCCAGCAUCGUAUGACCCACACUGGAGAAAAACCCUUUGGGUGCAAAGAGUGUGGGAAAACCUUUUACUACAACUCUUCCUUAACCCGGCACAUGAAGAUUCAACCCUAUAAGUGCAGUGAAUGCGGGAAGACCUUCACCCACCACUCUGUUUUCUUCCGACAUAGCAUGACACACACUGCAGGAAAGCCCUAUGAGUGUAAAGAAUGUGGGAAAGGUUUUUACUACAGCUAUUCCCUCACUCUGCACGCAAGGAGUCACACUGGAGAGAAACCCUAUGAGUGCCUUGAAUGUAGAAAGGCCUUUGGCUACCACUCUGCUUUUGUCCGACAUAGUAAGAUCCACUCUGGAGGAAAAAACCUUUGA